AACCACUUCAAUUCCCUGUACCCUCUUUCUGGUCGGGCACUGGGUCGACGCCUUCCACCCCCGCUGCUCCCUCUCCGUCCCUCCGUCGCUGAACGGCCGUUGCGCAGACACUGGAAAACAGGAGCUUGGACAAAUGUACGGAGGAUCAGGGAAACUAGGGCGGGGAGGGGGAGGGGGAGGGGGAGGCGGCCGCGGCGGCCGGCGCUCGCUCUCGGCCUUCCCUCCUCCGCCGCCUCCGCCGGCCCACCGCGCCUCCGCCCCAGCCGGCCGCCUCUCCGUCGGCGGAGGAGCCGCCCCUCGCAACCGCACGUCCACUACCUCCAUCUCCACGGCUUCUGUUGCCGCCGCCCCCGCCGUGGAGGAGAGCUUUAGCCUCGUCACCGGGAACCCUCUCGCUUUCGCUGCUAUCAUCCGCCUCGCACCCGACCUCGUCGACGAGAUCAAGCGCGUCGAGUCCCAGGGUGGGACUCCCAGGAUCAAGUUUGGUUCGAAUGCCAAUCCUGCUGGGAAUGUCAUUCAAGUUGAUGGUAAGGACUUUAGAUUUACGUGGUCGCGUGAAUUUGGUGACCUCUGUGAUAUAUAUGAAGAACGUCAAAGUGGUGAAGAUGGAAAUGGUUUGCUUGUUGAAUCUGGGUGUGCCUGGCGUAAGGUGAAUGUGCAGCGUGUUUUAGAUGAAUCAACUAAGAAACAUGUUAAAAUGCGGUCAGAGGAAGCUGAACGGAAGCUAAAGUCACGGAAAGCCAUUGUCUUAGAGCAUGGGAACCCAUCUAUGAAGAGUCAAAUGAAGGCAAUGGCUGCUGUUGAGGUCAAUCCAUGGAGGAUGGGUUUCAAACAAAAGAAAGAGGCUGCAUUUAAAAAGCGAAAGAUUGAACCACCACAAGUUGGACUCCCUCUUAAAUCUGUCCAUAAAUCUGGACCAUCUACAACAGCAAGUGCAAAGGGCAGGCCGUCUAUUUCGCCUCUUCCAUCUCCACCUGAUCAAUCUGGUGUGUUAGCAUCUCCGUAUGGAACUGGAAAUCUUAGUAAGGGCCAUGCAAUUGUUGAAGAUACAAUGCCUGCUCAAGUGUUGAGUAAAGAGAAUGCUGCAAGCUUGGAUAAAGAAAUUCCUAGCAAGGUUGCUAGUGUAGCAGCACGGGAAAAACUAGGACGCAAGGGAAAUUUAGGAGCUACACCAAUGGAUUUGCAGAGUAUGUUGAUUUCUUUUCUCACAGAGAAUCCCAAGGGAAUGAGCCUUAAGGCAUUGGAGAAAGCAAUUGGAGACACAAUUCCCAACUCUGUAAAGAAGAUCGAACCCAUUAUUAAAAAAAUAGCAACUUUCCAAGCUCCAGGGAGAUAUUUCUUGAAACCAGGAGUGGAGUUGGAAAGCUUCAAGAAACCUUCAUCUGAAAGUGGAAGUUCCCCUGAAGACAAUCAUCACCAAACACCUGCCAUUGAAGAUAACCAUGUGCAAAGGCCUGUUCCAAAACCAAGCUCUGUGGAGAAAGCUUCUACUAAUGAAUUACAGGAGCAGGCACAAUUGAACUCUAAGCUUGGAGAAGUACCAUAUUCAGUGGAAAAUAUGGAUGUGCACCAGCAUUCGCCUGAUCUGUUUGGUGACAAAAGGAUCUCUGACAACAGUGAGGGCCAGGCAGGCAGCUCCAGUUACAGUGGAAGUGAUAGCGAUAGUGAGAGUGACAGCAGCGAUAGUGGGAGUGACAGUGGAAGCCAUAGUAGAAGCCGAAGCAAAAGUAGAAGUCCAGUGGGAACUGGUAGCGGCAGUAGUAGUGACAGUGAAAGUGAUGCUUCUUCCAAUAGCAAGGAGGGGUCUGAUGAGGAUGUGGAUAUUAUGACUAGUGACGAUGACAAAGAAUCCAGGCCUAUUUUGCAAACAUCUGAACCCGCAUUUUCUUCAUUGCCCAUUCCAUGGAAAACUCCAGAUGGUGGUCCUGUGCAAAAUGGGAUUGAUGGGAAGGAUGAUAGCCAUUUAUCAGAUGAUGUUGAGAUUGAGAAUGACCUGCCUGCUGAUGAACCAGAAACUGAGGUGGCUGUAAUCACUGAUUUGGAUCCUUGCAAAGUGGGUGAAACACCUGUUGAAGGGAUUAAACACUUUUCACCUAAUCAAUAUGAGCAUAGAGAACGCCAACUUUUUGUGGAAAAUCUGUUUGAUGACAGGGAAGGUCCAGGGAAGGAGGAUGUCAUGCACAACCAGUCUGACACUAUGGAGAAAAGUUACAAAGAUAAAUCCAAAAGGGGUUCUGAUAUGAAGCAUUCUGAUGAGAAAACUGAACAUAGCAAAAGGUCAAAAUCAGGAAACACGGUGCCACCAAUGAAUUCUGGAAUCAGUGAUGCCCACUUUAUUGAUGAUCCUUAUGAUUUAUCUCCUGAUAGACACAUUGAAGGCUCAUAUAAUGUCCCCAUUGUGAAUAGAUCCGAGAGGAAUGGGAAUGCUGGUUCCAGCGUACAAAAAAAAUACAACCAUUCAAAUCCUGGAAAAUCUAUUUCAGAUUCUCAGCAAUCAGGUCGAAAGUCUGUUGAUCGAAUUGCACAGGCAAAGGCUCCUGAAUCAGCAGAGAGGCCUGGUAAACAUUUUGAGGGCUUGGGACAUGUUGCUAAGCACUCCGAAAGGAUUCCUCGUGCACAUGAAGGUUUUCCUAUGCAAAAAGACAAAGUUUUCAGAGAAACACAGGAUGAAGAUGGUUAUGCCAAUGAGAAAAAGUUUUCAAAAAAUUUUAGGGAAGGUGCUGCUGGAGACAAACAUUCGAUAUCCUCUGAGAUAGGGAAGGUGCUGCUGGAGACAAACUUUCGAAAACAUGAACUACUUGGAAAGUUCAAGGAAGCCAGACAGGUUGUGAACCGAAUGGAUGCAGACAAAUCUCCUGUUGUGAAUGGGAAAGGCAAUAUUCUCCGAAGAGAGCUUUCAGAUCUGGAAUUGGGCGAACUUCGUGAGCCCUUGCCUGAAGAAACACCUGGGGUUAGGAAGCAAUUGGAAAGAAAAGGUUCAUUUAAACACUCAGAUAAUCGACCAAGCACUAAUGAUAACUGGAAUUUGGAUUCUAGCAAAGGAAAACCUGUCGCAAAAGCAUCUCUGGACUCGAGAAAGAUGUCACCCAGUAUGGGUGCUAGCAAUCCGGUGAGUUUGUCUAAGAGGAAGACCCCUGAGCAUCAUGUAGAAGAUUUAAUUAGACCUCAGCACAGGGUUGUGCAACCCCAGCCACAACAAUUUUUGAGAGUAGAUCAUGCUGAAAUUGGACCCCAGUUUAACAAAUUAGCUGAUGCAAAUGGCAAAUUUAGACAGCAUGAAGCAGGAGGGGGCCAAGAGACUGGUAUGGAGGAGUAUGGAGAAACUCAUAAGAGAGUACCUGUCAGUCAGCCACACGACAGUAAACGAGGACUAACUCCUCAUUCUGCAAGAGAAAAUAAAAUGCAAAAGUCUACUACAUUGGCUGAUAUGGGUGACAGGCAGAAGGACUCAUUCUCUAUGGAGAUUAAUAACAGUAGUCAAAAGAGAAGGGAAUCUUCUUCAGAUGAGAGCAGUUGUCCUUAUUCCAAGUAUGACAAGGAAGAACCAGAGCUGAAGGGACCAAUAAAGGAUUUCUCUCAGUAUAAGGAAUAUGUGCAGGAGUAUCGUGAGAAGUAUGACAGUUACUGCUCAUUGAACAGGAUCCUAGAGAGUUACAGGAAUGAGUUUCGUAAACUGGAACGGGACCUGGAAAUAGCAAAUGGUAGAGAUAUGGACAGAUAUUAUGACAUUUUGAGCCAGUUGAAUGAAUCCUAUCGCCAGUGUGGAACGAGACAUAAACGGCUGAAGAAAAUUUUCAUUGUGCUUCACGAAGAACUGAAGCAACUCAAGCAGAGGAUCAAAGACUAUGCAGUUGCAUAUACAAGAGAUUAGUCUUUUCCACUUUUAGACCUUAAUUCAUAAUUGUCAGACGUGCAUCUUCUCGGCAUCACUUAUCAUAGGUGGCUGUAAAUGUUCUGGUAGAGCUCGAGUUUGAAGGAGCAGAAAAAAAAUACGCAUUUUGAUCUUCGUACGAAUGAAGUUGAAGGCUGCAACAGUUGGAGGAUUUUGGUGCAAAUGAAAGGCUAUAGAGCCAUAAGGAACGAAAGAAAUUUGGGACAAUUCCUCGGUGCCGAUACAUGAAUUUUGCAGGAAAUGUACUUCACUUUUCUUCGUGGCAGUUUCUGUUGCUUUCCAUGCAGAGAUAUCAUUGGAGCAUGUUCAGUCAUUUGUUUAAUCCAGGUGGUACGUCAUAUAUGGGUAUUUUGAGAAAUUGAGGCAAUGUGGUGAUAGCCACCUCAAUCUGUUCUCUAGUAUUGCCAAGGUCUCGGGUUCGAUUCAUCUAGUCUCCGGGGUGUAUGAGUUUCUCCCAUUCUUCUCUUCUCUUCAACCCCUCCCCCUCUGUAAUUAUCUUUCCACUUAACUCUGGUCAUUGCCGUAGCUGCCACUGCCGUCACAAUCACGAGGAUAUGCCAGUUUUGUAGGACAAUCGUGUAAAUUUCAAUUGCGAUGUACAUAUCUCUUGAUGUAUGCCUGAACCUGAAUAAUUUGGGGAAUGGUUCAUGAGUUAGAAGGCAAAAAUGUAAUUGCUGUCUGCUAGGUUGACAAUAUGGCUUUUAUGCUUUCACUCUCCA